AUGUCUCGCUCAGGAACCACCCUCUAUGUCACCGGCUUCGGCCAUGGAACCCGAGCCCGCGAUCUCGCUUACGAAUUCGAACGGUACGGCCGUCUUGUUCGCUGCGAUAUACCAGCCCCACGCACGCCUUCCAGCCGACUGUUCGCCUUUGUCGAAUAUGAGAGCCGUCGCGACGCGGAUGAUGCCUACCAUGAAAUGCACAACAAGCGCAUUGGACGUGACGACCUGCUGAAGAUCGAGUGGGCGCGCACUCCACCCUCAGCCUCGUGGCGGUUUGAUUCUGGCGCUGGCCGUGACCGCCGUCGCGAGCGGACUCCCCCACGCCGUGGCCGCUCCCCCUCGCCCCGCCGCAGCCGAGGCGACUAUUCUCCCCGCCGUGACGAUCGCUACGAACGCGACUACGACCGCCAUGAUCGUGACUAUGAUCGCCGUGACCGCGACUAUGACCGCCGCGACCGGGACCAUGAUCGCCGCGACCGGGACCGCUCUCGCGACCGUUCUCGCAGUCCCGAAGACCGGGAACGUGAUGUCAAGGAGGAACGCGAGCGACGUGAUGAUGACCGGGAGCGGCGUGAGGAUGACCGGGAGGCUCUCCCGAACGGCGAAGACAGGAAAGUACCCCUGGACCCCGUUCCUUCUGCUCACGAUGAGCUUGAUACUGCUGAGUAG